UCCACUGAGAAUUAGUUAUGUCACCAAAAUUGAACAUAAAACUAUUCGGUUCGAUCUCCAAACACGAAGCUGCUUUGUACCGGUAGGCCCUCCUUCUAAAAAUGGGUGCCGAUAUGUUUACAGUCAUGUUUCUUGUCCCUGUGAUUUGCAUAGGUGUUUUGUUUUUGGCUUUCGUGAUGUUCCUUCACCAUCAGCAUAGGAAGUUUGCGCAUAUCCCAGCACCGCCAAGGGAAAGUUUCUUCACCGGUCAUUUGAACAUGCUCGUCGGCUACAAGAAGAGGAACAUGUGCAUGUCUGAUGGCUUUAUAGACAUAAUGAGAGAAUAUGGUCCGAUCUUCCAUGUGUUUUUGCUCUUCAAACCGAUGAUCGUAGUGUUAGAUGCAGAGUUUGUCAAGGAAAUUCUGUGUACAGACUCCAUGCUCCACAGAAAGCCUUACCAUUUCUAUGCGGUUUUCAUGAAGUUAUUUGGUACGCGACUUAUGGGCGAUAGCAUCCUUUGUGAGUUAAAUCCAGCAGUUCAUGGACCAAAGAGGUUGCUACUGAAUCCCGCAUUUCACAAAAGAUACUUGGUGGAUUUGAUGCAUCAGUUUAACGCCAGUGCAGACCUUCUGAUUGAUAAACUCAGCAAUAAAGCUGACGGCAAGAAAGAGGUGGCCAUGUUGGAUGAAUUUAAUAGAACAACACUGGAUGUAAUUGCUAAAGUAGCGUUCGGGAUGGACCUCAAUGUAUUUGACGAGAAAUCUCCCUUCACCGAAGCAGUUACAAAGUGUUUGAAUGGUAUGAGUACUGCUUUCAAUGUACCAUUCAUGCAGUUGAAUCCAUUUCCUGCUGCUCGUAAAUACAAACAAGAAGUUCGAGACAGCAUCAAAUGUCUGAGAGAAGCUGGAAGGAAAUGCAUCGAGCAAAGACUGGAAGCAAUGCAGCGGGAGGAUGAAGUGCCUCAAGAUAUCUUAACAUACAUCUUAAAGUCAGUGACUGGAGUGUCUGGAAAAGAUUAUAAAGACCAGAUGGAAAACGUCAUAGAUGAGUUUGUGACCUUCUUUGUUGCUGGUCAAGAGACUACGGCUAAUUUGUUGAGUUUCACAUUGCUAGAACUUGGACAUCAUCCAGAAAUUAUGCACAGAUUGAAAACUGAGGUAGAGUCAGUGUGUGGUGAUAGGGAUUAUUUGGAAUACAGCGAUGUUGUCAAACUCAGUUACAUGAUGCAGGUUUUGAAGGAAGCACUGCGUCUCUGGCCUCCUGUAGUGGGCACUGGGAGGGAGCUUGCACAUGACGUCACAGUCAAAGGCUACAAAAUACCUAAAGGGAGUCUUGUUGCAGUGAACACGUUUGUUAUGGCAAGAAUGGAGGAAUAUUUCCACGACCCCAUGCAGUUUGAUCCCGAUCGUUUUAAUGCCAGCAAUGACAAACCACAGUAUGCCUACUUUCCAUUUUCAUUGGGCAGCCGUAAUUGUAUUGGUCAACAGUUUGCCAUGAUCGAAGCCCGAGUUCUCUUGGCCAAGUUGCUCCAUCGAUUCAACUUUAACCUUGUACCAGGUCAAGGUCAUGGCGUCAUUUAUGAUGUUACCCUAAGACCCUUCGGUCGAUGUAAAAACUACAUCCGACCCGUGGAGUAGGAGCUAUUACAUGUGGUUAUGGAGAAAGAUAUAAAUUUUGGAUCCCCAAAAUUUGAAUCAGAUUGUGUAUUCCAAUGGGAGACUUUUUGAAAGCUCUGCCACUAGAGGGCGGCAGAC